CGUCAACAGAACGCGACCGUCUCCUGUGUGUGUACCCGUCGCCGAGCUAACAGCUGCACGGACCGUGUUUUGUUUUUGUGUCUCUCCCUCCACAACACGGCGUUGUCAUGAGCUUUGGAGGCGAUUCUUAGGCUGGAUGAUGCAUCACUGUCACAGCUGGGCUGUCAAGAUGUACACACCAUCCCACUGAGUCCAUUUACAUAAAAUAAUAAUAGUGAUAUGAAACUUAGAAAAUGUUUUUAGCUGCCAUGGCCCCAUGGUUGAAACUGAUGAUAUCGCACUAACUUACUAUCGAAAAUGGCCUGAAUAGACAGGCAUAAUGGGGAAUUAAUAGCUCUUUUCACCUCACAAGCUUCAUGGCAUUCUACUUUCCAACGUGACCGAUCCAGAAUAUACCAGAAUUGGCCCCCCAGUCAGUUCUGCACUAAACCUGCCCUUGACCCAUGACGGAGUACUACGAGGAGGGGGGGCUGCUGUAUGAGCAAUCACCUCCCAUGCACAUCAAAGUGGAGUCUCCCGAGGGACACUCUGGAGGGGGGACGUCCGACAACGGCUUCCCCAGGGAUGACGACGACUCUGAGGGCAGCUGUGACCAGAGCAGUGGCGUGCGUGGGGGGCUGCCUUUCAAUGUGGUAGUGGUGCACCCCAACUUGAUGGCGCCCGGCAUGUCCUCAGACGACCUCUUGUCAAUUGAACAAAACAGAGCAAUGUCGGCUGCAUUGGCAGCCAAUGGCGCAGGGAAAAGAAAGAGUCGUUUCAGCGGCGCAGAGCUAGAGGUGUUGGUGUCUGAGGUGACACGAUGUGAAGGAGAGCUAUUUGGCCCGGCGGGGAGGCUCCGUCGGCGAGAAAGAGAACGCAUAUGGGCUGGGAUCCUCGAGAGGGUCAACGCCGUGUCCAGAGUCCCGCGUACGCUUCGGGAGGUUAAGAAGCGUUGGGAUGACCUAAAGAGACGCAACGGGGGCCGGCUAGCAGACGCCCGCCACCGCAGCUGGUCUGUGCCGCCCAGCAGAGUGUCGAUGCUUGGACAGUCUUCCCAGUCGAGCCCCAGGCUUCAACAUGGCAAGCAAAAGCAAAGCUCCAGACCAAAGCCCAGUUUCCCGUGCUUCCCUGAAUCUGACACGGGUAUUGGAGGAGAGGGGUCUGAGAGAGACUGUUUGGAGAAGGAUGAGGACAAUCCAGAGCAUGAGAGAGAUGUCGGAGAGCCGGACUGUGAACAUGAAGACAACAGCAUGGAAGACAAACUAGGAUUAGGACUAGGUCUGGGCAUCGGACCACCUCCACCUUCAGAACGAUGGCUGCCUCCCUCCCCGCUCUACAGCGCUCCUUUCCUCAACGGAAGCCCUCAGCCCAGCAGUCCUCAGCCAUCACUUGGAGCACACCAGGGCCCCCUCGAAGCCCCGCCACGCAGCUCCUGGCUUGAAGAUGAGCUACGAGGGUUAGGAGAGGCGGCGAUUCAGCUGGGGAAUCGUGUGGAGAAGAGUCUGCGGGAAUUCGCCGAGUGUUUCACACAGGACAUGAGAACACUUGUGGCUUCCCAAGAGGCGUUAGCACUCAGUCUACAGCAAAACAACGUCCUCCUGCAAAGGCUCUUAGGAGUGCUGGAGGCCCAGCAGCAGCAGCAACAACAACAGCGCGUACGGCAGACGCGCCACUCACAGACAUCCCAGCAGCACUCGCAGUCAGCUCAGACGCAGCAGCAGCUGCAGCACAUUGAACAGCAGCUAGAGCAGCAGAUUGAAGUACCACAGCCACUACAACAUCAGCAGCAUGUAGUACAACAACAAUCAACAAAACUACAUCUGCAGCUCGCUCAGCAUUCAAACAGUCUUUCCGCUGGAGCCCUGGCCCCUUCGCCAUCGUCACCUGACGAUGGAGCCACUUUUGCUUCUCAUCCUGCAGCAGACAUGAACGGGAGCGCGCAGAAACCACGGCGAGGGAGAGCUUUCGAUCACAGGCGCAGGAGACGACGCUAAAAAGGAAAAAGGAGGGAGCGGUGAAUUAAAAGCACACACUUUGCAUACUUGAUAAUUGAAGUUACAGUAAUAAUAUUUCUUGCUUUUUUCUAUUUCUGUAGAAAUGUUUGAAGUUUUGCUUCAAAACCCCCCAUGCACUUCAACAUGGUCUUCAUAAAGCACUAUUAGACUCAUGAGAUUAUAGGGUGGCCUUAAAUAUAGAUGCAUUGUACAUAUUGAGCUACAAGUCUACAUCACCCCUUUGCAUACACUUCAUUUUAGAAUUUAAGUAGGUGCUGUUUUAAGUUCAUGCUUUUUGGCAGAGCUUGUUAUGUACUGUAUAAAGUGCUCCUUGUACACUAUGUCAUCAAGUACUUGUACCAUAUAUUGUAGCUCAAUAGCUAUUGUAAGUACCUGCAAAUGUAUGCCUGUGUUUUAACAGUUUCACAGUGAAUAUUUUUACAGCUUUGGCACAUAAUGUGUUAUGUUCAAUGCAUUUUUGGGACAAAAGUAUUCCAGACUAGCCCUUUCAUAAAGUUAUGGCUUACAUGCCUGAAACAUAAGCAUCACAGUAGGCUUCAGAGUUUUGGCCCUAUGGUCAAAUUAAAAGCAUACAUAAAUAUGUAGUGCUGUUAUAUUCUUGCAUGGAGUGCACAUGGAUGUGUUUGUAGAUAGUUAUCUUGAACUGCAUAUUGCCAUCUUUAUAGUUUUGCACAAGCUAUAUUUUGUAGAUAGCGACUGGUUCAAUGAAAUGUAUUAACACUGAAAUAAAAGUGUGAC